UGCAGCGCCCUCCGGGCGGGGAGAGGGGCCGCCGGCGUCAGCGCGGGCAGCAGCAUCCGCGCGGUGGCAUCCCUAGGCGCUCCGGACGCCCUCCUUUGGACCUGGACACUCGCUGCCCCGCUGUCGGCAUCCCGCUUCCAUCCUUUACCCCAAUCCUGCCUGCCUGUGCCCGGCCCCCGAGAGCCGGAUUGAGCCCAGGCCCGCGCAGCAGCUGUUGCUCGUGUUACUGCCUCGCUUCGCGUCUUGGUGCUCUGCCGCGAGCCCCCUAAGGAGCCCGUGCCUGUGGGUUUGGAGGGAGGUGCGGCUCAGCCGGUCCUCCUCCUUCUCCUCUUCCUCCUGCUGCCGCCUCCGGUGCCUGGUCCGUGCGCACCCCGACACCCCUGCCCGCCGGGCCUCGGGGCACAUCUCCAGACUCUGAUUGGGCUGAAAUAACUUAUGCCAUAGAGCUGUGCAUAUGCCUGGAAUUGAGAGACACAGGUAAAGAGACUCCAGAUUGCGUCCUGCCUUCUGAAACGCCAGGAAAUCAUCCCUUCAGACUCUGGAAUUCUACAGCUUUCAACAGAGACUUUGCUUAAAUGUUUACAUUUUUUGCUUGCUGUCUUUCAUACCACUAUAUAGUGCUUGUGUUUUGUUAAAACUUAACAAUUGUCAGGAGUUCAACUUGCUUGGCAAGCCAGCAUGGCUAGGAUGAGCUUUGUUUUAGCAGCUUACCAGGUGGUGCUGAGCUUGCUCAUGACUUCAUUAACUGGGUCUCCCCUGCAAAGUAGUGAGUGUCCACAACUUUGUGUGUGUGAAAUUAGGCCCUGGUUUACCCCUCAGUCAACGUACAGAGAAGCCACCACUGUUGACUGUAAUGAUCUCCGCUUAACAAGGAUCCCCAGCAACCUUUCCAGUGACACUCAGGUGCUUCUCUUACAGAGCAAUAACAUCGCCAAGACUGUGGACGAGCUACAGCAGCUUUUCAACCUGACGGAGCUAGAUUUCUCCCAAAACAACUUUACAAACAUUAAGGAAGUUGGGCUGGCAAACCUGACCCAGCUCACCACUCUACAUCUGGAGGAAAAUCAGAUUACGGAAAUGAAUGAUUAUUGUCUACAAGACCUCAGCAACCUUCAAGAACUCUACAUCAACCAUAACCAGAUUAGCACUAUUUCUGCUAAUGCUUUUUCAGGCUUAAAAAAUCUUUUAAGGCUCCACCUGAACUCCAACAAAUUGAAAGUGAUCGAUAGCCGCUGGUUUGAUUCCACACCCAACCUGGAAAUUCUCAUGAUUGGGGAAAACCCCGUGAUUGGAAUUCUGGAUAUGAACUUCAAACCUCUCUCAAAUUUGAGAAGCUUAGUUUUGGCCGGAAUGUAUCUCACUGAUAUUCCUGGAAACGCCUUGGUGGGCUUGGAUAGCCUCGAGAGUCUGUCGUUUUAUGAUAACAAACUGGUCAAAGUCCCUCAACUUGCCCUGCAAAAAGUUCCUAACUUGAAAUUCUUAGACCUCAACAAAAACCCCAUCCACAAAAUCCAGGAAGGGGACUUCAAAAAUAUGCUUCGGUUAAAAGAACUGGGGAUCAACAAUAUGGGGGAGCUCGUUUCUGUGGAUCGCUAUGCCCUGGAUAACUUGCCUGAACUCACAAAGUUAGAAGCUACCAAUAACCCCAAAUUAUCUUACAUCCACCGCUUGGCUUUUCGAAGUGUUCCUGCCCUAGAGAGCUUGAUGUUGAACAACAAUGCUCUGAAUGCCGUUUAUCAAAAGACGGUCGAGUCGCUUCCUAAUCUGCGUGAGAUCAGUAUUCACAGCAAUCCCCUGAGGUGUGACUGUGUCAUCCACUGGAUUAACUCCAACAAGACAAACAUCCGCUUCAUGGAGCCCUUGUCUAUGUUCUGCGCCAUGCCGCCUGAAUACAGAGGGCAACAGGUAAAGGAAGUGUUAAUCCAGGAUUCCAGUGAGCAGUGCCUCCCAAUGAUAUCUCAUGACACAUUUCCAAAUCAUUUAAACAUGGACAUCGGCACAACGGUUUUCCUAGACUGUCGGGCCAUGGCUGAGCCGGAACCUGAAAUAUACUGGGUCACUCCCCUCGGGGAUAAGAUAACUGUGGAAACCCUUUCAGAUAAAUAUAAGCUAAGUAGUGAAGGUACAUUGGAAAUAUCUAAAAUACAGAUUGAAGACUCAGGAAGAUACACUUGUGUUGCCCAGAAUGUGGAAGGGGCAGACACUCGAGUGGUGAUGAUUAAGGUUAAUGGAACCCUUCUGGAUGGUACCCAGGUGCUGAAAAUAUAUGUCAAGCAGACAGAAUCUCAUUCCAUUUUAGUGUCCUGGAAAGUCAAUUCCAAUGUCAUGACGUCAAACUUAAAAUGGUCAUCUGCCACCAUGAAGAUUGACAACCCCCACAUAACAUAUACUGCCAGGGUCCCGGUAGAUGUUCACGAAUACAACCUAACACAUCUGCAGCCUUCCACAGAUUAUGAAGUGUGUCUCACAGUGUCCAAUAUUCAUCAGCAGACUCAAAAGUCAUGUGUCAACGUCACAACCAAAAAUGCUGCCUUCGCGCUGGACAUUUCUGAUCAAGAAACCAGUACAGCCCUUGCUGCAGUAAUGGGGUCCAUGUUUGCCGUCAUUAGCCUUGCGUCCAUUGCUGUGUAUAUUGCCAAAAGAUUUAAGAGGAAAAACUACCAUCAUUCGUUAAAAAAGUAUAUGCAAAAAACCUCUUCCAUCCCACUAAAUGAGCUGUACCCACCGCUCAUUAAUCUCUGGGAAGGUGACAGCGAGAAAGACAAAGAUGUUAUUGCAGAUUCCAAGCCAACCCAAGUUGACACAUCCAGAAGCUAUUACAUGUGGUAACUCAGUGGAUAUUUUGCUUCUGGUAGUAAGGAGCACAAAGACGUUUUUGCUUUAUUCUGCAAAAGUAACAAGUUGAAGACUUUUGUAUUUUUGACUUUGCUAGUUUGUGGCAGAGUGGAGAGGACGGGUGGAUAUUUCAGAUUUUUUUAGUAUAGCGUAUCGCAAGGGUUUGACACAACUGGCAGCGUCUCUAGGCUUCCGGUUUGUGUUUGGUUUUUAUUCUUAUCAUUAUUAUGAUUAUUAUUAUUAUAUUAUUAUUAUUAUUAUUUUGUUUUAGUUGUUGUGCUAAACUCAAUAAUGCUGUUCUAACUACAAUGCUCAAUAAAAUGACUAAUGACAGGUUGGGGUUCCCAUGUGCUUUUACCAGUAGCAUGACCCCUUCUUCUGAAGCCAUCAGCAGACAGUACCAUGUCCUCCAAAAAGCUAACACUGGUUGUGAAGCAGCAUUGAAACUUUUGUAGCAAUCUGGUCUAUAGACUUUUAACUCAAGAAGCUAAGGCUAGACUUGUUACCUUUGUUGAAUGAUGUUAGUUGACUGUACUGUAAUGUUGUAUCAACUGAAUUGAAUGUUUGCUUUUGAACAACAACUUUUCUUUUUGUAAUAGUUAAAAGGCUUAGAACAAGCUAACAGGCAAUAGAAAUAUGUAUAUCAGAUUUUUUAUGUAACAGACUACAUGUUAAUUGAUACCUUAUUCUUUUUAUCUUUAGUAGACACUUUUAAAAAAAAGACAAUAAUUUUGUUGUGUUUAACUCACCAACAUGUGGUGUAUAAUGAAGACAGAACUAUAAUAAAUUAGUUUUGUUCUGAUUUUUUAGAACACUUGCAAUAAUGUAUCAUUUAUAGUUCUUGCUAGUUGCAGUGGUGAUAUUUUUCACAUCCCUAAAAACAACCACCAAAAUAAAUUACCGAGAGCAUG